UUAUUCCUUGUGAUAGGAGCAUCAGGAAUUGGCGACGGUGGUGAGAACAGAUACAACUACAAGGUGAUAGCUUGGGCAAACGAAAGAUGAUCCACACGAAACUAUAAGGCUGUGACAACUAACGAAGAUCCUGCGUUUCGUGAAGUUUUGCGUAUUCCUCAUGAGCCUGCGUCGUUUUUGAAUCUUGACUUGUUCAGUGAGAAUUCGACCGACAUUUGUUUCUUUUUUAUUGGGAGAGAGCUGCCCAUGAAAACAAAUGCUUAUGAAUAUUGGAAAGUCAAACUCGAGAAUUUGGACACAAAUGGAUAUAGUGUUGGUUAUCUUGAAGUGUAUAUUGGCCUUGAGAUCCAAUGUUGUUUUUGA